AUGAAGCGGCCGUGGCCGGGGCAGCCCGUGGUGGUGGCGCCCCGGCCGAGGCUGGCCUCGCAGGCGGCGCAGCAGCAGGUGCAGGAGCUCGCGCAGGCCCCAGCGGCAUGGGAGCCGGUGCGGCAGCUGGCGGUGCAGCAGCAGGCGUGGCAGCCGAUGCCGCAGCCGCUGGCGCACGGCUUCGCGCUACCGCCCUGGCUGAGGAAGCCCGUCGCGGACCCCGUCGCGACGGCCAGCGCGGCGGAGGCCCUGAGCAAGGCCGCGGAGAAGGCGCUGUCGGCGAGGGGGGCGCCCAGGAUGGAGGGCGAGUCGACGAUCUGCACCUUCGGCUUCGCCUGCAGGCGAAUAGACUGCUGGUGGGUGCACCCACAGGGCCGGCAGAUCGACGCGAACCCUGGCCUAUCAGUCUGCAGAUACGGGGUCGACUGCCCGAACAAAAGGUGUUUCUUUUUCCACCCGGACGGGCGCCACAUCGACCCAGCGGUUUUUGAGAUCUUCCUGGACGAGCUCCCCAUGCCCCAGCGGCCGCACGUGCCGCCCGCUGCUGGCAACACCGAGGUGUUCAUGGAUUUCUUCGAGCAGGACCCCGACAGCGCCUCGUUCCGAGACGCGAUGUCGUCCGCCUACGGCGGCGUGAAGUCGAUCCGAAAGAUCCCCGGGUCGACGAAGGGCUACGUCAGUUUCGAGGACCAGCGGGCAGCCAAGAAGUGCGUGGAGGAGCAGGCGGGGACCUGGAGCGAGUCGGAGAGAUGUACGGCCGAGAGCUCGUGGAGCAACCGGAAGUCGUGGGACCGGGGGCCGUACGGGAUGGACCUGGCCAAGCUCAUUAUUGGAAAGAAGGGGAAGAAUUUGAACGAUGUUGUAGAGAAGCUGGGUGACGGCGCGAAGCUGCAUUUCAACACCGAUGAUGGCUACGCUGCGUUCAAAGGUAAGGUCGCCAAGAGCCAGUUGACGGAUUUGAGAGCUCUCCUCGCGGAGGUUCUCGCCGCCGCGCACAGUGAGAUCGGCGCGAGCAUGCGCCAGGUCGAGGUGGACAAAGGCCUUCCAAAAGCUUUCACUCACGAUGAGGCCAGCGACUUGUUCAAAGCCUUCGGGACGAUCGAAUCGCUGGACCUCACGGAUCCAGACCCUGACGAUCCCGCAAUAGCUCCGAAGGCGUGCGUGGUUUACGAGGCUUCCGAGGAAGCUCUCCGCGCGGUGAGCGACCUGCACGCAGCGAUUUUUUUCGGCACCCCUCUCUCCUGCUCUCUUAGACCAGCUGGCAGCACCGACGACCGCAAAAGGUCGCAGUGGUCCAAGAGGUUUCCCGACCGUGCCAGCAGGAAGGGUUGGACCCGGCUUCGGUGGAACCAGACGUCGGACGGCGGAGGAGAUAGUAGCGAGCACAAUGGGCUGGGUGGCAGUGAGUAUUUUGAGCCGCCAGACGCCGACAGCGGCGACAACGGGCAGCACGGAGAGGCAGCACCGGUCGCGGGCGGCAGUAGCGCCGCAGAAGAUCAGGGCGAGAGCGUCUGGUUCUGCUCCUGUGGCUACCAGAACGACGAGGGUGCCCUCGUCUGCGGCGAGUUCGCGGACAGCGAGGGCUGCGGGCAGCCCAGAGACGCAUGA